GGAACUGGUGGCUUUGGGAGAACUGUUGUAGGUGUUUGUUUCAGCAACUGCCUUCUUUCCCAUCUGUUUAGUUUGCACCCAGCUCUCUGGCUGCUGCUUAGGGCUGGCGUGCAGCCAGGGCCAUCUGAGCCAUGAGCAGCGUCCGGGGUGCUAUCCUCUUCUGGGUAGUGGUAGCGUGGGCUAAAACGGACAAGCCUUUGGAACAGACAAAUGAGACUGGAUUUCAGAAAUGCAAGAACGCCUUAAAACUACCUGUUCUAGAAGUCUUACCCGGAGGAGGCUGGGAUAACCUGCGGAAUGUAGACAUGGGACGGGUGAUGGACUUGACCUACAGGAGCUGCAGGACCACGGAGGAUGGACAGUACAUCAUCCCUGAUGAAAUCACCAGCAUCGCCCAGAAACAGAGCAACCUGGAGAUGAACUCCGAAAUCCUGGAGUCCUGGGUGAAUUACCAGAGCAGCACCUCCAGCUCCAUCAACCUGGAGCUCUCCCUGUAUUCCAAGGUCAAUGGCAAAUUCUCCUCUGAUUUCCAGCAGAUGAAGACCCUUCAAGUGAAGGACCAAGCCAUAACUACCCGGGUUCAGAUCCGAAACCUGAUCUACACGGUCAAAAUCAACUCGGCAUCCAAACUAAGCUGGGGGUUCAAGAAGGACCUCAUGGACAUCUCCGACCGCCUGGAGAACAACCAGACGCGGAUGGCCACCUACCUGGCAGAGCUUCUGGUCCUCAACUACGGCACCCAUGUCGUCACCAGUGUGGAUGCCGGAGCUGCCCUCCUCCAGGAGGACCACAUCAGAGCCUCGUUCUUACAGGACAGCCAGAGCAGCCACACUGCCGUGACGGCAUCUGCUGGUGUCGCCUUCAUGAACGUCGUGAACUACAAAUUCGAGGAGAACUACACCUCCCAGAACGCGCUCACCAAGAGCUACCUCGCGAACCGAACCCACUCCAGGGUCCGUAGCAUCGGGGGGGUUCCUUUCUAUCCGGGCAUCACCCUCCAGGCCUGGCAGCAGAGCAUCGCCAACCACCUGGUGGCCAUAGACCGUGCUGGCCUGCCUCUGCCCUUCUUCAUCAGCCCCGACACGCUGCCCGAGCUGCCGGGGCCGCUGGUGAAGAAGCUGUCCAAGACGGUGGAGGCGGCCGUGAGACACUAUUACGCAUUCAACACCUACCCUGGGUGCACAGACGCCAAUUCGCCCAACUUCAACUUUCAGGCCAACACCGAUGAUGGCUCCUGCGAGGGGAAAAUGACCAACUUCUCCUUCGGGGGGGUCUUUCAGGAAUGCACCCAGCUCUCGGGGAAGGAGGCCGCCCAGCUGUGCCAAACCUUGGAGCAGAGGAACCCCCUCACUGGUGCUUUCUCCUGCCCCUCUGGCUACUCCCCCAUCCACCUGCUAUCCCAGGUCCACGAGGAGGGCUACAACCACCUGGAGUGCCGGCGCAAGUGCACCCUCCUCGUCUUCUGCAAGACGGUGUGCGAAGACGUGUUCCGGGUGGCGAAGGCUGAAUUUAGGGCUUUUUGGUGUGUAGCCAGUGGCCAAAUACCGGAAAACUCAGGACUACUCUUCGGGGGCCUCUUCAGUGGUAAGACCAUAAACCCCUUGACGAAUGCGCAGUCCUGCCCACCUGGCUACUUUCCGCUGAGACUUUUUGAAAACCUCAAGGUAUGUGCCUCUCUGGACUAUGAGUUGGGAUUUAGGUUUUCGGUCCCCUUUGGUGGGUUCUUUAGCUGUGCAGUCGGGAACCCCUUGGUAAAUUCUGCCUUUACAGAAGGGGCGCCUUCUCUAAAAAAGUGUCCUGGGGGCUUCAGCCAACACCUAGCCCUCAUCAGUGAUGGAUGCCAAGUGUCCUACUGUGUCAAGUCCGGGCUUUUCACAGGAGGGUCUCUGCCCCCUGCCAGGCUCCCACCUUACACCCGGCCACCCCUCAUGAGUCAGGCUGCCACCAAUACUGUCAUCGUGACUAAUAGCGAGACAGCAAGCUCCUGGAUUAAGGAUUCCCAGACCCGCCAGUGGAGGCUGGGGGAGCCGCUGGAGCUGCGCAGGGCCAUGAAGGUCAUCCGUGGGGAUGGCGGGGGUCUGUCGGGAGGGGCAGCGGCUGGAGUCACCAUGGGGGUCACCACCGUCCUGGCGGCUGUCAUUGCCCUGGCCAUCUACGGCACCCGGAAGUACAAGAAGAGGGGGUACCAGGCACUGGAGGAUGAGAGGCAGAGUUUGGCUGCGGGCACUGCAGAGAGCGGAGACGCCCCUGGCCAAGAGCAGGAGCAGAGUCCAGCCUAAGCGUCUCCUGGGAAAUGUCCCUCUCGUCUCUGGCCAGAGCUGCAAGCACGCCUUUCGUCCCGUCUCGCUCUGUGUCUGUCUUCCUGAGGACUGGGGUGGCAGGUGCAAAAAAAGCAGGUAUAACUUGAUGACUUCCGUAGGGCUCCAGGCGACGAAGUGAACAGAGCUAUGUGGACAGGGUUGGGGUGGGUAGGAGAGCAAAUGUGACUUUCUAUGCAAAAGCCAGCCUGGUGGCCAGAACACCAAGGGGGUGUCUUUUCUCUGUGUGCGUCAUUGAUUGUCUUCACCUGAAUACAUACGUGAAAACAGAGAGGAAGGAGCAUGUUGGCCUUUGGCUUUGGAGACCAUGCAUUUAUUUAAUCUGAGACCGGCCACUGUUUCCAAUUCUCGAGCUAGAAGAAUUUCUGCCUGUGAGUGUUAUCCUCUCACUGUUUUGUUUUUUAAAAGUCUCUCUGGAUUUCAUGCUUCUGGAGGCUGAAAGCUCCUCUAGAAGACACAGGGAGUCCCACGCCCCCUGGUUUUCAGCAUUGAGGGCUCUGUACUGACAAACUGGGUCCUCUCAACCUCAUCUCUGAGCGGAAAGAUGCUGUCCCUACUAAGUCCACGUUUUCCAGCUUCCCAGCCACAGUCCAGACUCUUAGACUUCAGACUAGUGUCAUAAAGUCCUCAAAAAAAUAUUUUAACUUACAAUCUUCUAUUAGGAGGUCAAGGGAGAAGGGACGGAGACGAGGUGUGAGGGAAGAGAGGGUGAAAACCGGACAAGAUCCCGGUGCUCAGGGGAAACUGCCAUUCUUCCCCUUUACCACCUACCUGGUUUGUGGAGCCGCAGGUAGACUUCUUCCCCUUAACCACCCCUCCUUUGUCCGUGAGUGACCUUUCCUCUUCCCACCCUUGCCUCACGGGUACACACCCCCGAUCAUACACGUGUGCACCCCCAAACACACCAACACACAUUCCCCCAAAUACACCCCCGAACAUACACAGGCACACACCCCAAACACAUGUGUGCAGAUGUACCCCCACCUUCCUCCAAACCAUACCGCCCCCCCCAUACACAUCACAUUCCAACAAGAAGUCUGCAUUUUUCUGGGGGUGGGAGACAAGGGAAAAUGCAAGAAGUCAAAGUAAGCCCACACCCUAUAUAUUAUUUCCUCCCUAAAACCAAAACAGAGUAGAAACUACCAAUUAUGUGCCCUUUUUUUUUUCUUGCCCAGCAGAAAAGGGCCUGACGUGAUCAAAUGCAUGAAACAAAAAAGGCAUCCAACACCAUUUGUGACACAUUUAUUUCAGUUCCAGGCUGACUUCCCUCAGGGAUCAAGCGGGAUAUAUGACUGUUACCCAGCAUUUAGGGCUUUGCCCAAUUUUAUUUAUUUAUUUUUCUCUUUUUGUAGCGGGGAGUGGUAGGGGAGGCUUGCCCAAUUUUAAUACCAAUCUCACUGAAUUAUAAUGAUUAGGGUGAGUCUAUUAAUACUCCCCUACUCAGAAUUAAAAAAAAAAUUUUUUUUAAUUAACUACCGCCCCCCCCCACCCACCCUGCAAAGUGGGGCUGGAACUCAUAAUCCCGAGGUCAAGUGUCACAUGCUCUACUGACAAAGCCAGCCAGGCAUCCCUUCUCUGUGACCUUUUUAAUAGUUCUAUAGCUUUUCACCAAAUUAGAUGCCAUGAGUUAAUUCUUAUGAAGGAUAAUCUGUCCUCACCUCACUGACAUUCGCAAUCAUGAGUUUAGGCUGACAUAAGUCCUCCUGAGGCGCUUGCAGCAUCGCAGCCUGUGGGAAGAUGGGAAGGAGGCUACUACUCCUUCAUUUCCUGCUGUGAGAGAGAAGAGAAGGGACUCACAGAAGCAGAGCACGGCUCUCCCGGCUGCUUGGCCACCGACACUGAUUUCUGCAGCCUCUUCUCUGGAGCCUGCCACUUAAAGCAUUAAAAUAUUCUCUAAAACCUCUGGGUGUUUUGUGGGUAACUUUCAGCUGAGCUCAUCACUUUUCUGCAAAUUCCCCAUGAAUUCCUUGAGGAUUACUGAGUUAGACAAAGUACAGCUAAAGGCUCUCAGACUUUCAAUGCACUAACUGCCCUUUGAAAUAAAACUUCUUCACGAGCUUAGCUUUCUAAUAAAAUUAUGUCUAAAUGUGCAUUAAAAUGUGUACUUAAGGAA